AUGAGCGCGGGGCCGCGGAGGCCCGGCAGCCUGCCCGCGCUCUGCUCCGCGCUGCUCCUGCUGGGUCUGCAGCCGCCCCCCGCGCGCGCCGAGGAGAGGCCGUGUGGCGACCCACCGUCCUUCCCACACACCGUCCUCCAGGGUCGAACCGGCUUGGAGAUGGGGGACGAGCUGCUGUACGUGUGUGCCCCCGGCUCUGUCACGGGCCGGCGAGAAACUGCCUUCACCUUGCUGUGCAACAGCUGUGGGGAGUGGUACGGACUAGUUCAGGCCUGCGGGAAAGAUGAGACUGAGGCCCAUAUUGACUAUGAAGAAAACUUUCCUGAUGACAGAUCCGCGUCAUUCAGGGAACUCAUGGAAGACUCCCAGGCAGAGGGAGAAGAGGAAAAGGCUCAAGAGGACGCCUCUGAGGAGACACCAAAACAAGGUCGCCUGGUCUUCCCUUCUGUGUCUAAAGAAAAUAUAGCCCAGGAAAAAGCCUUUGUGCCAACCACAGACUUGCCUGGCACCAGGAGCAGUGUCCAUACGGACUGGCCAGGAUCCCGCCUAAACCGGAAGUACUCGCUCUGGUUUCCGGCUGAGACUUUCCGCAAGCCAGAGCUGGAAAAGGAAGUGGGGGAUGAGACCAAACAGCCACUUCUUGCCAGAGACGAUCACAGUGAAGGGGAACUGGUCCCAGGGGAGUCUGAAACCAGGCUGGUCCAUGCCACCACCGACAGCCCCUCAGAGCCAUUUGUGGACAGGAACGACAGCAAGGCAGAGGACCCAGGGGUGAGCAGCAGUGGCGACUCCUGGCUAGACGGCUACCCUGUGACAGAUGGGGCUUGGAGGAAGGUAGAGACGGGGCGCGAAGAUGAUGAGGACAAAGAGGAUGGGCCAGUCGGACUGGAUGAAGGUGUUCUCAUGACUCCAGAUCAGCCCACUGGGAAAGUCAAGGAGCGCAAGACUGCCACCGCCUCGCCAAGCGACCUCGUGAUACACAGUUCGAUCGGCCCUUCGAGAAUGCUGGAUGUGGAGGCUCUGGUUCCGGGGCCCAUGAACGUGUCUGAGACUGAGAGUCCCCAUACUAGGGAUAGUGAUUUGACUAAGUAUCAUUCAACUGGGCCUCAGAGAGCCCCCACGCAACAGUCACCCACGGCCACCUUACCCUACAAACUCACCACCUCCACCCGAGAGACGGCACCAACAACUCCGCAGCCGACGCUUAAACGCACCCCCCCGGCUGAGGUGGAGACCAGCCAGCCGCCAUCAGAGGCCACAGCUCCUGAGGUUCAGGACAGCUUCCCGUACCUGCUAUCUGAGGACUUCUUGGGACAGGAGGGCCCUGGGCCUGGUGCAAACAAGGAGAAGCAGCUUCCAACCUUGGCACCAUGCGCUGGAGAUGAGUGUCCCAGCCUCAGGAAAGGCCCGGUGAUCGCCAUCGUCGUCACCGUCCUGUGCGGUCUGCUGCUCCUGGCUGUUGUGGGGGCAGUGUGGGGCUACCGCAGGUGCCAGCACAAGAGCUCCGUCUACAAGCUGAACAUUGGACAGCGGCAGACUCAACACUACCACCAGCAGAUUGAGAUGGAGAAGGUCUAGCCUCCGUCAGCAUGGGCUCUCACGGGGCCACUUGGAAGAUUAACUGUGACCGAUCACACUGAGGAGUCUCAGGGUCGGAGGUGGAAAGGGUUCACCCCCUAGAGUUCAUGUCUUUCUUCUAUAUGCUGAGAAGCAUCUCUGGGAGGCACCUGGAGGGCAGAGAGGGGUUGGUGACGUCAUCACGUAUGACAAGGUCUCCUCAGCCAGCUGCCCUGGAGUUCAUUGCCCAAAUCCCAGACCCCUGCUUUGUCCCUAUUCCAGUAUCAGGUUAGGGUGUUGCUGUUUUAAAGUCCCAUUUUGUUUCAUCGAACUGUUGUCUUUUCAUCUUUAGAGGGAGAAUCACAGACUCCACACCCGAGAUAUUUGAAGUCGUUUUGGUAAGCUGUGUGUUUGAGGACCAUGUUGUUGGGAAACAGUUGUGGAAUGGGACAGGAGAGAAUAAUGGUUGUUUCCUUUUAGUAUGUCGCUGGAGAAAAAUGAAUCAAGAGCCAGAACAUAGUUUACCAACUUUGGAGUUUCUCUUUUUGUUUGUUAAAAUUGGAGAGAACUUAAAGCUGACAUUUUUACCUUAGGGUAUGAGGAGUGAACAGGCACUCGCUCACCUCUAGUCCUGCAGUGUGGGCUAGCCCGUUGUUUUAUUUGAAGAACAAGGUGAAUUCUGUGCCGGUGAGGACAGCAUUAGGUGUCCCUGCCUGGCCUGCGCCCACAGGUGCCUUGGGUUGGCUACCAGAGCUGGCAGAGAGACACACCUCUUGGUUUCCUGUCUCAGGGUUAACCUUACCCUAUGUAAGGUUAAUACUGGAAUACCUCUGUAUUCCAGUAGGAAGGAAGGAUAUGGAAGGGGGAAAGAAGCCCAAAGACUGCUAGGUCAAAUAUGUACCUGCUUGAUGCAUCGGACAAGGAAUGAUAGUGGACAUGGAGUGCCCUGGGCUGGCCUGCCCAGCCGUUUCCUCUCACAGGGACCACCCAGUGGUGUCUCAAUGGGUGUUGUUUCUAGAAGGGUGGUCCUCAGACCAGCCGCACAUCACCUGGGGAGCUGCUGAAGAGAUAAAUUCUUUAGUCUCACCCAGACUCAGGAAGCCAAACCCCUGGGGCUGGGCCAGCUCUGAACUCCAAACCUUCAGGCGGUUCUGAUGCACAUUCACGGUGAGGGCCUUUGGUCUCUAUCAUCUGUGGUGAGCUUGGAACCCAGGAAGUCCUGGCGCCAGGGAGGUGAACGCUGUGCCCUGCCUUGCUUAACCCAGGCUUCUGGAAGCAGCUUGUGAAGUGUCGCCUCCGGCUAUCUCCAGGGUGUUAGCUCAGAAGCAAGCACACCGCUGUUUUUCCAUCUGGAUUGCCCUCUUGAAGGUUUAAAAGUGAUGGAGGCCGUACAUUUCUUUCCGAGGUGCCAUGGGAGUGUCUGUAGGGUUGUGGCUUGGUGGCAGAGCGACUGUCUAGCAGGUGCCAGGUCCCGAGUUCAAUCUCUGACACCACAAAAACAAACAAACAAAAAAAUUGGAGAUGGUGUUUUGCCAAAGGAAGACAAAAGAUCACAUGAUGUAUUUUCUGUGCUGUCCUGUGUUUGAUGCAAGCUUUGGGCAAGCAACGGGUUCAGUAGCUACAAAGCAGUGUAACACAAUAUGAAAUCCCAAUGACCAAAUGGUCAAAUGAGGGCCUGAGGAAACCAGCUAGGACACCUCUGCUCUGGAGGAACCGGGAGAAGAUGCUUUCUGUAUGUAGCCAAAGAAGAACUCGAAGGAGUAAACACAGAGACUGUAUAUUUUUAAAUUAGAUUCUAAUCUCUGAGAUAUCGUUUCUAUUUUUAUGACUAGUUAUGUAAGAUAACCUUGGUCCCCACAUGGGGAUUCUGGCAGUAACAACCGUUAACGCAGAACACUGAAUUCAUACCCACACAGAAGUAGGCGGUAUUAAUAUAAAUGUAUUGAUAAGUUUAUUGUAAAUUAUUAACACGUGUCAGUGCGCUCUUUUGUAGACGUGGGCUGUAAUCUCAGUGCACUAGCUUGUAAUUUUACCCAUUUGCUGUCAUCUAAAUGAAUACGAAUAAACACACGAGGUUGCACAUCGGAAGGGCAUGGGUAGCCAGCUCACUAGGACCCCAGCUGCCACUGCAAACGCCUUAAGAAUGGUAAAUGCUUAUGAUAAUGGAAAGGGAGAAGGGUUUUGUUAAUAUAAAGCUUCAGAUAUAUUUAAAAUAAACAGUUAUU